AUGCAAGUAAGUCAACAGCCUCCACUAGCCAGCGUGCCACCAAGAUCCGAUGGCACGCCACCAAGACCCGAUGGCACGCCACCAAGACCCGAUGGCACGCCACCAAGACCCGAUGGCACGCCACCAAGACCCGAUGGCACGCCACCAAGACCCGAUGGCACGCCACCAAGACCCGAUGGCACGCCACCAAGACCCGAUGGCACGCCACCAAGAUCCGAUGGCACGCCACCAAGACCCGAUGGCACGCCACCAAGACCCGAUGGCACGCCACCAAGACCCGAUGGCACGCCACCAAGAUCCGAUGGCACGCCACCCGCCACCGACCAGAGCACAAAGGGCCUGCCCCCUCCGCUGCAACAUAACCGUGGACUAUGCCAGUAUACAAGUCCCAGAAUCUUUUGA